CCCGCCGCGCCGCCAGGCUCUCGUAUUCCUUGUUCUCGGCGGGCUCCGUGAGCUUCGCGCCGCGGCCGUUAGUCAUGUCGGAUUCUGGAAGUUACGGUCAGUCUGGGGGUGAGCAGCAAAGUUACUCUUCCUAUGGAAAUCAAGGCAACCAAGGAUAUGGACAAACAUCACAAAGCUAUUCUGGCUAUGGGCAAACGACUGAUUCCUCAUAUGGACAGAACUAUGGCGGCUACUCCAGUUAUGGACAAAGCCAAUCAGGUUAUUCACAGUCCUACGGUGGUUAUGAGAAUCAAAAGCAGAGCUCUUAUGGCCAGCAAUCUUAUAAUAACCAGGGACAGCAAAACUCGGAAUCAUCAGGAGGUCAAGGUGGAAGAGCGCCUUCAUAUGACCAAUCAGACUAUGGUCAACAAGAUUCAUAUGAUCAGCAGUCAGGUUAUGAUCAACAUCAAGGCUCAUAUGAUGAACAGUCAAAUUAUGAUCAGCAGCAUGAUUCCUAUAAUCAAAAUCAGCAGUCCUAUCAUUCGCAAAGGGAAAAUUACAGUCACCACACACAAGAUGACCGUCGUGAUCUGAGUAGGUAUGGAGAAGAUAAUAGAGGAUAUGGCGGGUCACAGGGAGGAGGUAGAGGGCGUGGGGGAUAUGACAAGGAUGGAAGAGGUCCUAUGACAGGAUCAAGUGGUGGUGACCGCGGUGGCUUCAAAAAUUUUGGUGGUCACAGGGAUUAUGGUCCCAGACCAGAUGCUGAUUCAGAAUCUGAUAAUUCAGAUAACAACACAAUCUUUGUGCAAGGACUUGGGGAGGGUGUAUCUACUGAUCAAGUGGGGGAGUUCUUUAAGCAAAUAGGAAUUAUCAAGACAAACAAGAAGACUGGCAAACCAAUGAUAAAUCUUUACACAGACAAGGACACAGGGAAGCCAAAAGGGGAGGCCACGGUGUCAUUUGAUGACCCUCCUUCAGCGAAGGCAGCCAUUGACUGGUUUGACGGAAAAGAAUUCCAUGGCAAUAUCAUUAAAGUAUCCUUUGCCACCAGGAGACCUGAGUUCAUGAGAGGUGGAGGAAGUGGAGGCGGACGGCGAGGCCGUGGAGGAUAUAGAGGUCGUGGAGGCUUUCAAGGAAGAGGAGGAGACCCUAAAAGUGGGGACUGGGUUUGCCCUAAUCCGUCUUGUGGAAAUAUGAACUUUGCUCGAAGGAAUUCCUGCAAUCAGUGCAAUGAGCCCAGGCCAGAGGACGCUCGCCCCUCCGGAGGAGAUUUCCGGGGGAGAGGCUAUGGUGGAGAGCGGGGCUACAGAGGUCGCGGGGGCAGAGGUGGAGACCGAGGCGGCUAUGGCGGAGACAGAAGUGGUGGUGGUGGCUACGGAGGAGAUAGAAGUGGGGGUGGCUAUGGUGGGGACAGAAGUGGGGGAGGCUAUGGUGGGGACAGAGGUGGUGGUUAUGGUGGGGACAGAGGUGGAGGCUAUGGAGGAGACCGAGGAGGCUAUGGCGGGGACAGAGGAGGCGGUUAUGGUGGAGACCAUCGAGGCGGAGGUGGUUAUGGCGGAGACAGAGGUGGCGGCUAUGGAGGAGACCGAGGCGGCUAUGGAGGAGACCGAGGCGGCUAUGGUGGAGACAGAGGAGGCGGUUAUGGUGGAGACAGAGGAGGCGGCUAUGGAGGAGACAGAGGAGGCGGCUAUGGUGGAGACCGAGGCGGCUAUGGUGGAGACCGCAGUGGGGGGGGCUACGGAGGAGACCGCGGUGGUGGUGGCUAUGGUGGAGACCGAAGUGGAGGCUAUGGAGGAGACCGAGGUGGGGGCUAUGGAGGAGACCGAGGAGGCUACGGAGGCAAAAUGGGAGGAAGAAACGACUACAGAAAUGAUCAGCGCAAUCGACCGUACUGAUGACUGUUUUGAAUGUCCCUUUGUCUCUGACAUGAUUCGUAGUGAAACUGCCAGAGUUUUGCCUGCUGCUUUCCUCGUGGCCUCUUGGGUAGUAAAAUUAAGUGACAUUUGGAUUUUUAUUUGGGUGGGAGGGUUGGGGCAGUUUUUCUUUUAGAAAUGUCCAUUGGAAUUUCCUCUUAGUUUUAAAUCUUUUCCUUCCCACUCCUUGAAAAAGCUGAGUGCAUUGUAAAAUAUUGCCAAAAUGGAACGUGUUUUGUAAUACUGCAAUAAAGGCUGCUUGUUUUUUGUGGA